GAAAAGAGGUCCGAACUUCUGGCCGUGCUUUCGAUACUUUCCACAACCCCAGGAACUUUUGCGCUGACAAGUCAUCUCCGACAAUUCAAGAAUCUGACCCAAGCCGAGCGCGAAGCGGUGUUUUUGGGCUGGAAGGACUCGUACAUUCCUCAGAUCCGAAACCUCUAUAAAGCUUUGGUAACAGUUUCUGUAUACACCAUAUAUGCUGCACAGGAGUCUGCUCUCCACAACCUAAUUGGAUACAAAAUCCCAACCAAAGAAGAGGAAAAGGCGAAGUAUCUGGACCCUGUGCCUGAGAGAUUGAAAAUGUUGACAUUGGAAGAGCUCAAACAAUCCUUGCAUUAUGAUGCCAUUGUAGUUGGUAGUGGAGCUGGAGGAGGUGUGGUUGCUGGUGAAUUGGCAAAAUCUGGAAAGUCUGUGCUGGUAAUCGAAAAGGGAAGAUACAUUCAUGAAGAAGACAUGAUCCAAAAAGAAGAUACCGGCUACGCCAACAUGUAUGAGACUGGAGGCGCGUUCACGUCUUUAAGUGGCUCUAUGAAUAUAUUUGCUGGAAGUGUGUUUGGUGGUGGAACUACUGUUAAUUGGAGUGCAUGUCUCAAGCUUCAACAUUUUGUACGCGAAGAUUGGGCAAGACAGGGAUUGACCCAUUUUACAUCCCCAAAGUUUUCAAAUGACCUUGAUCGAGUUUUUGAGCGCAUUGGUGCUACAGCAAAGGGUAUCAACCACAAUGGUCCCAAUCAGAUCCUAUUGGAUGGCGCUAGUAAACUUGGAUAUCACCAUGCAGAUAUUCCUCAAAACACAGGGGGCCGGGCCCAUGAUUGCGCCUUUUGCUUUACUGGAUGUAAAGCAGGUGUCAAGAACGGUACAAUGAAUACCUGGUUACGAGAUGCUGCAGACAACAACGCUAGAUUCAUUUCCCAGACAAAGGUCCUGCGUGUAUUGACCGAAAAGGGCAAGGUUACUGGCGUAGAGUGCUUGGUGAACAACAGGGAGGUCGUCAAGGUCUAUGCAAACACAGUUGUUGUUUCUGCAGGAUCUCUUCAAACUCCUGGUGUAUUGCUUCGAAGUGGUUUAACAAACAAAAACAUUGGUCAAAAUCUCCGGCUUCAUCCCUGCUCUAUUGUCUAUGGUUUCUUUGAUCACAAUGUGGACAUGCAUUCUGGUUCGAUCAUGACAGCCGUGAGCAAUGUAGCAGAAAAUGUGGAUGGCGAAGGGUACGGUGUUAAACUAGAAGUUCCGUUGACCCAUAUACCAAGCUUCGCUACUAUCCAAGUCUGGAGAGGCGCGGCUGCUCACAAAGAAGCCAUGCUUAAGUACCGUCAAGCAUCUCCGAUUAUUGUCAUCACACGUGACAAAGAUCCCAAUAGUAAGGUGCGGUACGACGGCAACGACAAUAUGAUCAUAGACUAUGAUGUUUCGGACCACGACAAGAUUUCUAUCGUCGAAGGUAUCAUACAUGCAUGCAAGAUAACAGUUGCAGCCGGUGCCCGUAGUGUGUCUGUGAUCAUGUUCGCAGUCGAACCGUUUGAGUUUGCGGAUGAUGAAGAGUCACGUACAGACAACCCCCGAUUUGUAAAAUGGCUGGCUAGGGUCAAGAAGAACGGAUUACCUCGCUAUGGAUCUGGUAUUUUCUCGGCACAUCAAAUGAGUACCUGUCGAAUGGGCAUUUCUCCUUCUGUGUCUGUUACCAAACCAACGGGUGAGACAUGGGAAAUCAAGAAUCUCUAUGUGGCCGAUGCUUCUCUCUUUCCUACAGCUUCAGGUGUUAACCCAAUGGUUACCACCGAAGCAGUCGCACUUCACGUAGCA